AUGUUCUGGAUUAACAACUGGGUUGGAGACGGCCCUCUAAAAGACAAAUUCCCGGGGCCGUUUAUUCUGGAAUUGGAGAAACGUUGCACUGUGGCUGAUUGUUUAAAUGCUGAUUCAAGUGGGCCGCAUUUUAAUUGGAACUGGUCUAGGAAUUUGAUGGAUGGGGCUGAAGUAAAUGAUCUGGUGGGCUUAUGUACCUUGCUGUUGAACACUACUCUCAACAGUAAUGAAGAUAAUUGGGAAUGGAUUGGAAAUGAGAGUAAAGUCUUCAGUGUUGGAGAUGUUAAGAAGUUACUAAUUACUGACGGUGGUAGUAGUGAUCGGUAUGUUUUAGAAGGUUGUAAGUGGAUCCCAGCUAAAGUGAACAUUUUCAUAUGGAGAGUGGAGAUGGGAAGGAUUGUGACGAUUGAUGCGUUAAAACAAUGGAACAUCGACAUUGAUGAUUCGUUGUGCUCCUUAUGCAGAGACAUUGAGGAAUCGGUAGACCAUAUUUUCUCUCAAUGCUAUGUUGCGUCGGUCAUUUGGGAUCAUAUAAGCAAGUGGGUUAAAGUCUCGAACUUGUUUUUCUUUUCGUUCAGAGAUAUAUUAGAUAUUCACAAUCAUGUAGGUCUAAAGGGUAAGGAAAAGGAAGCGUUGAAAGGUAUCAUGAGGUCAAGCUGUUGGAGUUUAUGGAGAGCUAGGAAUGAAGCCCGUUUUAAUAACCAGGAGAUUAAAAUCGGAGAAAUCCUUAGCAAAAUAAAGGCGAUGGGCUUUUUAUGGUUUAGAAAUAGAUUCAAAGGAAUAAAUGUAUCUUGGCAUGAUUGGUGUAAAUUUGUAAUUAUGUAA